CCGAUUUGAAAUGCACCAUUGAUUCAGAUUCAAAGCUAUGGUUCUCCGAUCCGGAACCUUUGGCUUGUACCUCUGCGUAGUGUUUUUAGCCAGCAGCUGUGGAAAGCCCAGGCUGUACUUCGGUAUCUGCCAUGGACCCGAGAGGGGCAAGUGCCUGCCCAUCGAGGAGUGCGUGGAGGAGCUGGGUUUUGUCCAGGCCAAGGAUUCGGCCGAGUGCUUCCACACGGUCUGCUGCCUGCAGACCCGUCUGGCAUACUCGCAAUCGAUGAAGGACUACUGCAACAGCGAUCCAAAGCCUCACAUUUCCAAUGGAGAGCUGGCCAAUAUCCGGGAAUUCCCCUGGAUGGCCAUGUUGCUGUACGGAGAUCGGCUGCUGCCCAAGUGCGGCGGCUCCCUGGUGGGCAAGAAGUGGGUCCUCACCGCCGCCCAUUGUGUGCCAAGCAUGGAGAAUCACGAGGAGAAACUGCGUCUCGUUCGUCUGGGAGUGUGGGAUGUUCGGCAAACUAAGGAUUGCCGGGGGCCCAACUGCACGCCACCCCCCGAGGACUUUCCCAUCGAAAGGGCCAUUGUGCACGAGCUGUACCGACCCUACGGCACUAUUGGGACCAAUACGGAAAAGCACUCCAACGACAUUGCCCUGCUGCUUCUUGGCCGGGUCGUCACCUACACGCAGUUCAUUCAGCCCAUCUGCCUGCCACCGUUGUUUAUUCCCUCCCGCAAAGAUGUCUAUGCGGACUACAACCUGACCAUCGCCGGUUGGGGUCGCACCAAUGGCCUGUCAGUGACCACCAGCACUGUGAAGAUCAAGGCCCAGGUUAAUGGCUGGUCCACGGAAAGCUGUAAAAAGCAGUACUCGGACGUGACUUGGGGUCAGAUGUGCGCCGGAGGCGGCGCCACCAUGAAGGGAAGCUGCUUUGGCGACUCCGGCGGCCCGGUGAUGGACGACAACCAGCUGGUGGGUAUCAUCUCGCUGGGUGGGUCCAAUUGCGGUUCCGAUCGCACACCGAUGGUCGUCACGCGGGUGGAUACCUUUAUGGGAUGGCUGGCGCAGCACAUGCAGUUCUCACUAUGAAAUCAAUGCGUUGUGACAUAGAGCCAACCUCAACGAAGCCAAGAAUACGAUUUGUGUUAUGUCAAGAUCCUGUGAUUAUUAUUGAAAUUCUCUUUUUGGAGUAGUUAAAAAAA